AAAGUUAAUCGCUGGUGUGCAUUGAGAGCUUUAUGAUGUGGCUGUCGGUUAAGUUUUUUCUUCUCCUGCUGGUGGUAGCAAAAAGCACUAAAACCCGAUUUACAAACGUAGAGUGUGAGAUGUUGGAUCCAUUGUAUGCUACCUUCAAGGAAUGUAAACUAAAAAUUCUGGGACGCGGCAUUGUGGGAUUGAAUGUAUAUGCGACGUUGAAUCAAGGACCCUUCAAAACUGCUAAGGUAAACGUUUGUGUUUGGCGCAAAUUUAAUGGAUACCGACCUUUUCUGUUCAACACGACCUUUGAUUUUUGUAAGUUUAUGGACAAGUCCAAAGAGAAAUUGUCGUACAUAAGAUUAAUCUUGAACGCAAUUUCCGAGUCAUCGAAUUUGAAUCACUCGUGCCCCUAUGAGCACUCCAUAAUUGUGCGAGACUUGGUGCUUAAAGAAGAGUUUUUCAAAUUGGCACCCAUUCCGUCCGGUCAGUAUAAAAUUCAGAUUAUGGCAGCUACCAACAACCAGUGGAAAGUAAAUAUAAAUAUUCAUGGAUUUGUUGGAGACUUAAAAAAAUAA